CCGGUGUCAGAGGGAACGAAAACAUUGACAUUUCUACUGUUUUGCGUUAAAAUGAGACGAAUCAGGGUUAAAUCUUCAGGUGUUUGAAAAUGAAUUGAGAAUCCAAGAUCAUUGUUAUAUAUAGGAAUUGAUUUCAGUUUAGGACAUGAUUGAAUAACUGGUGAAUCUGCCUUGAGCUGUCGACUGUCUGUCACCAUGUCGACCAUCGAAGCUGUACGGCCAAGGAACCUGUUGUCACGGGAACGACCAGCAUAUAAACAUCCUCUUCACACACAGAAGGCAUUUGAAGUCCUGAACCAGAUGAGAAGAGAAUGUCUCCUUUGUGAUGUGGUGUUGAUUGCUGACACGACUGAGAUUCUGGCACAUAAAGUAGUUUUAUCGUCCUGUAGUCAGUAUUUCUAUGCCAUGUUCACGGGUGAUCUGGCAGAGGCCAAGUCUGACCGCAUCACUCUACAAGAAAUAGACCCAGCAGCGCUCGUUCACCUUAUUGAUUUCAUGUACACUUCGGAAGUAAAUGUAACAGAAGAAAAUGUGCAGAUGUUGCUGCCUGCUGCCAACAUCCUCCAGAUGACAGAGGUCAGAGACGCCUGCUGUGAGUUUCUCCAGUCUCAGCUUCACCCCAGUAACUGUAUUGGCAUUCGAGCGUUUGCUGACCUGCACGCUUGUUCGGACUUACUUCAGUACUCACAAACCUACAUAGAACAGCAUUUUGUUGAUGUGGUGCAACACGAUGAGUUCUUGUCGCUUCCCUCUUCUGAAGUUGCAAAGAUGAUCUCAAGUGACCGUCUCACUGUGACAUCAGAGGAACAGGUUUACGAGGCAGUGAUGAUGUGGGUCCAACAUAAUUCUGCCACGAGAGAAGAUUUCCUGGCCGAGCUCCUAGAACACGUACGGUUACCAUUGGUUGCUCAUGAGUACUUAAUACAACGGGUGGAUGAGGAGCCACUUAUCAAAACCAGCAGCCGGUGUAAGGAUUUCCUCAUAGAGGCACUCAAGUACCAUCUCCUCCGCUCAGAGCAGAAGGCAGCGUACAAAUCACCGAGGACGCUACCCCGCACCCCACGUGGUCUUCCCAAGGUGCUACUAGUUAUUGGGGGACAAGCUCCAAAGGCUAUCAAAAGUGUGGAAUCGUACGACUUCAAAGAGGGCAAAUGGAGCACAUUGGCAGAGAUGCCUUCACGGAGAUGUCGUUGUGGUGUGGCAGUUGUCAGCGGUAUGGUGUAUGCAGUAGGCGGAUUUAACGGAUCAUUGCGAGUUCGGACAGUGGACAUGUACGACCCAAUCAAGGACCUGUGGACAUCCUGUCCCAGUAUGGAGGCACGGCGCAGCACACUGGGUGUGGCUGUCCUUAACAAUGUUAUCUACGCUGUUGGAGGGUUUGAUGGAUCUUCAGGACUAGAUACUGCUGAAUGCUUUGAUGUGAGGACACAAGAAUGGCGGACCAUAGCUAACAUGAGUACCAGGCGUAGCAGUGUAGGAGUCGGAGUCCUAGGAGGACAUCUUUUUGCUGUUGGAGGAUAUGAUGGGGCAUCCCGGCAAUGUUUGUCGUCUGUGGAAUGUUACAAUCCACAGCUGGAUACCUGGACAACAGUUGUGGAGAUGUCUUGUCAUCGGAGUGGAGCAGGUGUGGGUGUGGUAGAUGGCCUGUUGUAUGCUGUGGGUGGACAUGAUGGACCACUUGUCAGGAAAAGUGUGGAGAUGUUCAACUCAGAAACAAGCGCAUGGACACAGGUGGCGGACAUGCAUCUGUGUAGGCGAAACGCAGGUGUGGUGGCAAAUGGAGGAUUUCUUUUUGUUGUUGGCGGUGACGACGGGACGUCAAAUCUAGGAUCUGUGGAAUGUUACGACCCAAAGACUAACACCUGGACACUGUUAAAUUCAAACAUGAUGACAGGACGUAGUUACGCAGGUGUGUCUGUGAUAGAUAGACCAAUGUUAUAACAGUCAACAUAGGCCGUGUUAUAGACCUUUGUUAUAACGGAUGUAAUAAACCUUUGUUAUAACGGAUGUAAUAGACCUUUGUUAUAACGGAUGUAAAAGACCUUUGUUAUAACGGAUGUAAUAGACCUUUGUUAUAACGGAUGUAAUAGACCUUUGUUAUAACAGAUGUAAUAGACCUUUGUUAUAACAGAUAUAAUAGACCUUUGUUAUAACAGACUAUUGUUGUAAAAACCUUUUCAGUGUUAGAAUGGAUCUAGUUAUAUCUGGGUAUAACUAUUGUCUUAGACCAAUCUUCUGUGAAUGUAUACUGAUGAUGUCACUGCUAUAUCAGACAUAUAUAAACAGACAUUUUAUAUUUUGACCAAUCCUGUGUUAAUUUGGUAGCAAUAUAUAUAUUAGCUAGCACUGCUAUCAGAGACAAGUACUAACUUCACAGUGGCUAAUCUUGUGUGAAUUUGAGAAUGGUGCAAUUAUACUGACAUGGUCGAAAUGAUUCAUAUUUUGUUAUGAAUAUGUUGAGCCUAUCUUUGAGAAUCUAGUCACCUAGUUGUACAAAUGGAUACAAGCAUCUUUUGGAAGUAAGCCCUCAGAAAAAAAGCCUCACUCAAGGUGGAUUUAAUUGACACACAAUUCACAUCAAGAAACCAUGGUGUGUCACAUCGGUAUAUUUCUGUGCAGUCAUAUGUGCUAUAAGAAAUAGUGCAGAUAUAAAUGUUAAGCUGUUGUAUGGAGAGUGAAAGAUGAGACUGGUUAAGUUUUCCUUCAGCCUAGUGGUAGAGGUCUUAUCGGAAAGCCAUAGAUAGCUAGCUUGAUUCCAUAUUUCUUCAUGACGUAUACAUGUACAUUAUACAUGUACAUGUUUAAAUCAGUCAAAUUGUUUUCACUAAAAAUGCAGAUGUACAGAAAUAGGUUUUCUCCUAGCAAAGGAAAUAUGGUUUAAUGAUCUCUUACAUACCAAUGUGCUGACAUAGAUUUAAGGUUUAAUUCCAUGUCUUGAUCAAGAAUUGGUCAAGAUGUUGUGGUUGGCUAAAACAUACAGGACCAAGCAUAAGGGAGGUAACUCAUUUCACCUUGAACAAUUAUUUGGUGGAUGACUCCAGUUCUCAUAAUUCUUAAAUACUCUUGUUGACAUUUCUUCACGUUUCACAAGGAAUUUGUAAUUGUGAGUUUUGAUUGACAAGAUUUAGAGUAUUAUAGGGGUAACCUUGUUCUUUUGUCUUGUUAAUUUUUUUAAGUACGGUAUGUGGGUCUGGGUAAAAGAAUGAAAAUGAAAUGAAAGAUUUAUGAGUGACAUUGUAUGGUUAAGUAGAGUGAAAAUGUAAUGAGAUAUAUGAGUGACAUUGCAUUGUUAAGUAGAGAGUGGGUUUGUGCAAAAACGACAUAUGACCUUGAGGACAUAUGACCUUCUCAAGGUCAUAAAUAUAAUGAUGGCUUAUGUUUAAUUAUGGCUGAUUUUAAAUGAGAAAUCAAGGGCAAUGUUAAUGGCAAAUUCUAAGAAGUUUAGGAAUAUCUUUUACCCUAUUAGAUAUUGAAAAUUAUUCAUGUGGUGAACUUUGCCAGGUACAUAUGUAAAAUUGACGUUUUGAGAUUAGGAUAUAGAAUGUAUUUUGUCUCUGCUACAUGGCCUUGAUUUCCAAGACAAAAGGUCAAAGAUAAUGUUAUUUUGUUUUUCUUGAUCCUGUUCUCCUGAUCAUACAACUUUAACCAGUCUGAUCUGAAAUCUAUUCUAAUAGUGAUGCCAUUGUUAAAAAAAAAUUUCAAUGCACACUCCCCUGAAGACAGAUUUUGAAAUUUUUUAUUCUCAUGACCUGUAGUUAAUUUCAUUCAUAAGAUUCAUCAGUACUUUCAACAACAAAAAAAAAGAAAAAGAAGAAAAUACUUGUCACAUGCUUUUGGCUAAAUGUUGUUUUGGAAUUGUUCCAUAUUUAAUCAAGAUUUACAACAAUUGUUCAUGACCCAAGUUUCUUCUUGCCAAGCACCAGAUAUUGCUCUGAAACAACAUCAGAAGUCAGGCGGUAGACAAGAAGAAACUUUUCUAGGUUCAAAAUUGCAUGAAAAUGUUUCAUAAGGAUUUUAGAAUUGUAUUGUAUUGUCAUCAAUUACAUAUACAACCUGUAUGACCAACAUAUCGAGGUAACAAAUUUUUUUGAUAAUACAAAAUUUAAGAACAAUCAUUGGCGAAUCCAUUAUUGGGCUAUGAUUGGGUGUCGCAGCAUGUCUAGCAGAGAAAAAAUAUUUUUCUGUUAAACUUUUAAUGCGAUUUUUUGCCAUAUUUAUACAGUAACAUGUUGUAGACUUUAAUGUAAGGAGUUUAGAAAUUUUAUAUGAUUUUUCCCAAUUAUGUUAUAGAAGAGAAUUAACAAAUUCAAAGACUGGUAUUAAAAUAACUCUAUCCUACUUUAUAAUCAUUCUAAAGCUUUAGAUCAAAUCCCUUUAACUAUAACAGGUUAGUUAAAAAUUGGAUAAAGAAAAUUAUUUUAUAUUCUUUAUUAUCAAUGAGUCAGAAACUGCAUCAGUAACUACAAACAAAUUAAAAGUGUUUUUUUUUGUUUAUUUGUGCAUAUACCAAAACAUUGAGUUCUGGGACCUUAAUAACUUUGUUUUAUCGAUUCAUAGUCUGAGUUUCCUCUUAAUCUAACAUCAGAUGUCUGUCUGUCAAAAUGUCUAAUGUCUGGUGUUGGGGUCAGAGGAAACUUGGGUGGUGAUGGGGUCAGAGGAAACUUGGGCUAAUAGGUUCAGUGAUCAAAAGUACUGGUGGGUUUUAAAACCAAUAAAAAAGAAACAGUCAUUUAAAAACAAACACAUGUACAUUUUUUAUAUGAUAUUUUUUCUUGGAACUAUUUUAUUAAAGAAAAAACAAAAUAAUAGGUACAAGAGGGAUUAUUUAUUUAUUUUUCUAUUUUUCAUAGAAUUACAGCAUAUUUGAAUGUUGUGUUAAUUAUGCUGCCAAAUGUUUUUGUGAUUUUUAUUCUGUUUUGUUGGUGUUUGUAGCGUCUGAUUGACGAUAAACACUGUUUUGUGUGUAUUUUUAUGGUAGUAGAUCUACCGUGUGGGUCCAUCUUUUACUAUUCUGACUUUUGGUUAAUACACAAUGUUGCCAUAUUUGAAAUAUUUUAUGCAGAUUCAUGAAUUGGUAUUAAUUUAACUAUUACAUGUAGUCUUAAAAAUGUCUGUAUGAACCAUGUAAAAAGGUCAUUGAGGUGCCGUUACAUUAGUUAAAUAUACCCCGUGAAAGCUUAUUUAAAAUUUUAUAGAGAGUAUACCAUAAACUGUUGUAAUGUUAGGGACCAAAGAAUUAUAAACAAUUUUGUGAAAAAUGUUGUUCCUGUGGUGAAAAAAAUAACUUACUAUUUCACAAAUAUUUCAUGAUCAUUUGUGUUGAAAUAUUUUAGUACAAAAAAUAAUUUGCUAAUAUUUUUGUAAAAUGAAAACAAAACUAUAAUUGGCUGUUCUGUAUUGUUAUAAGUCAGUGUAGUGAAAGAUAAAGGGACAAACAAGCUUUUCAUUCCACUUAUAAGAUUUUAUUUGCAAAUAGGUAUUGUCAGAAGCGUUCUGGCUUUUUAGUUGUGUGAUAUUUUGUUUUGUAUCAGAGAGACGUAUGUAAUAUUUAUCUCUGAGUAUAUAUUGAAUUGUUAUAUUAAUAAUGUGUAGAUUUCUUAUAUGAAAUAUUACCUUACUUUAUAACAGAUAUGUACAGAAUUUUACCAGAUAGUUUCUGUGUCAUGUAGUAGAUUUGUGUAAAUAUUUGUCGAUUUAUGUUCAGAUCAUGUAGACGAUUCACUGGUUUCUACUUCCAUGUUUUAAGUGUGAUGUCAGUAUACUACCCACAGGGACUAAUUAGCAACCCAUGGCUCGUAAAAUAUAUUACAUGUAUUAAUACAUACAGUGUAUAUGGACUAUGGGUUGGAAGUUGUGCCAAGUCCCUGUGAUACUACCAUGUAGAUGUGAUAAGAUUAUAAUUGUGAUCUGGAAGUCGGGAAAAAUAUUUUAUCAGUUGUCCUGGAGGAUUAUUUAUCUAUGUACUUUAAUGAGGCCAGACAUUUUUUUCUGUGCCUCUCUGAAUACAUGUUUUGUUUGAUCACUCCCUGUUUCUGAGAUGGAGCCAACUCGCUACUAAUUCUAUGUUCAGGAAAAAUAGAAAAAUAUAAUGGUAACAUUUCUUGAACUUUUUUAACAUAAACAAAGAAGAUUAGAGAAUUAGAUUACAAGUUACAUCAGAUUCUCUAGAGCCUGGUAGAAAUUCCCACAGGGUUGUUGGGUGGCACAGUGGUAACACACUUGUCUUUCACCUAGGUGGCCAGGGUUCGUCCCCAAUCGGAUGUAAAAAGAUAUGGGGUCACCUGCCCGACCAUGUGUGUUUUCCCGGGUAUUCCGGUUUCCUCCCACAGUAAGACCUCUAAUGUAACAUGCUUCCAUUGGGGUCAGCAAGCAUGAUUAAUAUAAAUUGAUUUAACUUGUUUCGCAAUUAUUGAAAAAUUAAUUAAGUUAACAUUUAAAUUCCCAGUCCAUGGUCCAUAUAUAUGCAUUACUGUCUGUAUUCACUGUAAAAAUCACCCAGGGCACUUAAGAAAAUUGUUAUAAAGAGGGACGCUUAUUACUUAGGCUAAUAAAAUAAUUUCAAAACAAUAUUAAUGGCAAUAUUAUGUUACUUGACAGCUCGAAAAUUGUUGAAAAUUAGUCCAAGUAAUUGAUGACUGCAAUGGGCGAUUGCUUAAAACUAAAGAAUAUGAAACUCUUUUAGUUUUAAACAAAUUUCACUGACAUUUACACACUACAUUUGGCUAUAGAAGUGGUGCAAUUUUACAAAAAAGUCCAUAAAAAAUAUAGGAGGACUGCUUAUUAGGGCUGAAUACGGUACUUUCUAAGAAAGGGGAUUUAGUUAACCUGUAUAUCAAUCAACUUAAUGCAUUGGAUUUUGAUAAGUCGUAUUUUGCAGUGAAUUACAAUAAUUUUUGUUGGCCAGAUAAUUAGAUAUUUUGUAUGUUUACUGUUUGGUCAACAUGUAAACACUUUGGUUGUAUACUCAACAACACUAUGGCACAUGAAAAAGUCUUACAAUCAAUGAAUCAAAGGGAGAUAAUUCUGCCGUUCAUGAAAUUCAAGGAAUGGAAAGGAGGUAACUCUAGUCUUCUUGUUCAGAUAUUUAAAUUAGAAAUUUUUGAUGAAAAAGACUUUAGUCCUAGUUCGCAUUAUAUUGCUGUCUGUGAUGUUACAGUGCUUUCGUUAGUGUCUGGUAUAAGUUGGGUAUUUGAUAUUUUGUUAUUUAUUAUUAUAUGUAAAAAUGUAAUAGACUGUUCUGUCAUUUAUUACACAGGGUGCCACUACAUUUAAAAGAAGAAUAAAAAAAUGUGGUAAAAGUA